GUUUACGUCUUAUGCAUUAAAAAAGACUUCAUUGGAUUUAUAGAAGGAAACAAUACUUAGAAACAUCUCAAAUUUUAGCAUUUAAAUUGGCAGUGACAUUACCACCAGCUGUUAAAAACUACUGGCCAGUGCCUUGCAAGGCUGACAGAGAGAAGUUCAAGUUGGGUUAAUUUCAAACGUUGUCAAAAGCUAAAAUCUACCUUCACUAGUUGCAGCUCUUCAUCUUUACUCGGGUUGUUGGACCACUGCCAAAUAAUUUGUCUCAUCUGUAUAAAGAUUGGAUUUGUUGAACUCUCAAGUUGCUUUCUUUUUUUUCAUAUUUUAUUCCCCAGAGUUGCUAUUUUUCUAUAUCUACUUUGGUAAUUCUUGAUUUUCUUGCUUUUUAAUUUGAGCUUCUUUUCCAGGUUUCUGACUUGACCAAUCUUUUAUUCUUGAUUAUUUCAGAAGAGUGGAAGUUAAGAGCAAAAACAAAGUGGGAAUUUGGCAAUUGAUGGAGGAUUUGAGAACAUAUAAAGUUGUGGUGAAUUGUUUGCUUGUUCUAGCUUUAGCUAUUGUUGCGUCUGGGGAGCAAAUUUCAGAAGAGUCAACUUUGAGCAACAAUGGAACAACUGAUAGCACUGAGUCAAAUUACUUGUUUGACCUAUUCAAUCUUCUUAGGUUAAAGAGUGAAAUAAUGCAUUACCACCAUGUUUGGCCUGAACUGGAAUUUGGGUGGAGAGUGAUUGUUGGUUCAGUAAUUGGAUUCUUUGGUGCUGCUUUUGGGAGUGUAGGAGGUGUUGGGGGAGGCGGUAUCUUUGUUCCCAUGCUUACUUUGAUCAUUGGAUUUGAUCCAAAAACAUCAACUGCAAUAUCAAAAUGUAUGAUCACUGGUGCAGCAGGUGCAACUGUCUACUACAGUCUUAAGCUGAGGCAUCCAUCACUUGACCUGCCCAUCAUCGAUUAUGAUCUAGCUCAUCUUUUCCAACCAAUGUUGUUGUUAGGGAUCAGUAUUGGAGUUGUACUAAAUGUGCUUUUUGCUGAGUGGAUGAUUACAGUUUUACUGAUGAUUCUUUUCUUAGCUGCAUCAACCAAGGCAUUCUUCAAGGGCGUUGAGACAUGGAAGAAAGAAACUAUUAUUAAAAAGGAAGCAGCUAGGCGCUCAACAUCUAACGAUACUGGUGGUGAAGAAGUUGCAUACAAGCUGGUACCUGGAGGUCCAAAAAACGAGUCUACUUUUACAAAUGAAGUUUAUAAAGCAAAGGAGGUUUCAAUUUUUGAUAAUAUGUACUGGAAGGAUGUCAAGAGACUUAUUGCUGUCUGGAUCAUAAUCCUAUUUCUUCAUCUCUCCAAGAAUUAUGCACCAACUUGUUCAACAACAUAUUGGAUCUUAAGCCUCUUGCAGCUCCCAAUCGCUGUUGGAGCUUCUGCGUAUGAAGCAGUUUGCUUGUACAGGGGAUCGAGAGCAAUUCUUUCAACUGGAGAAGCAGUAAUAACGUGGAAAGUGCAUCAGUUGAUUCUGUACUGUUGCUGCGGCAUUUUGGCUGGGAUAGUUGGUGGCCUGCUAGGUCUUGGUGGAGGAUUCAUUUUGGGUCCAUUGUUUCUUGAGCUAGGGAUUCCUCCUCAGGUGUCAAGUGCUACUGCUGCCUUUGUGAUGAUAUUUUCCUCCUCCAUGUCCGUCAUACAAUAUUACUUGCUAGGACGUUUUCCAGUACCAUAUGCACUGUAUUUUAUUGCUGUGGCCAGUAUUGCAGCUUUAGUAGGACAGCAUGUUGUACGAAGAAUAAUUAGCAUAGUUGGUAGAGCAUCUGUGAUUAUCUUCAUUUUGGCCCUCACAAUCUUUGUGAGCGCAAUAUCAUUAGGUGGAUUUGGCAUAGCAGAUACAAUUAAAAAGAUCGAGGAAGGACAACAUAUGGGGUUUGAUAAUAUCUGUGCAUAUAAUCCUUAGCAAAAAUUUCCGUUAUUUAGAUAUUUGGUCAUUGUCGAUGUUCCCUUUAGUCAUCUCUGGAAAUCAACUAUAUAAAUAUUCUGUGUGGUCCUUCCAUUCUUCGUAGUGUAAACAUAAAUUGAUUCAAUAUUUCAUC